ACUAUAAGUGCGCAUGCGCAAAACAAAACGCGUUCGUCUGUUUUGGGCUCAGCGAUUCGCCAUACAUUUGGCGGGUAUCGCAAAAACAUAAACAUACGAAGCUGAAAAAUGGAGGAAAGCGAAGCCUCAACCAAAAAGGAGACUGAAACAAGAAAUAAUGAAGCCAAAGGAAACGUUUCCGCAAAUCUGUCAAACCCUGGGUCAGUUAAUAAUCCGACUGAGGAGCCGGAAGCUCGUUACAAAAGGCUGAAGCUGUUCGACAAAGUAAUGCAGAAAAGCCUGGAAAAGUUCAUCGAGCUUGCCAGUUUCAACAGAUUCGCCAGCAUGUUUCGUCCUUUGUACAAGAAGAACCCGUCGAAGAUGGAGAGCAUUCACAAGCAGUUCAUUGAGGAGUUGAGGAGAAGUAUACAGGAGGACAUCAGCAGAUUGAUUGAAGAAGGCGGCUUAGUGUUCAAACUGAAUGAGCUUGACAAACUGGAGAGUGCUGCCAAGAACAAUACAGUCCCCGCAUGGCGGCCGAGUGGAGUUCCUGAGCAGGACUUUUGCAGCUUUUUGAUGCCAUACUAUAAAAAGCAGGAGGCCUACAUGCGAGUGGAGCUGAAAAAAAUUCAAGCAGAGAAUGCUGCCCUGGCACAGAAGGUCCUGGCUGGCAGAGAGAGCAUUUCUCAGACUGGACAACUUGUUUCUACCGCUGUUGAUGAGUGGAAGACAACAGUCACAGAGUUUGAAUGGUUGACACCUUCUCUUGACCCUGCUGUCGAGGAUUGGUGAUCAUCUAACGAACUGACCUGCAGAUAUCUCCUCUAAAUUAACUGUACAUAUAUAUUGUUUGUUUACACUGCUUGUUUAACUGAAAAUAAACUUGAUAUUAUCGAAACUAAAA